ACAGGACAUCAACAAACACAUUUUAUGCGAAGCAAUUAUCAUCCGUGUUUGUGGUUUUUAUACCAUUUAUUAUGCCCCCUAGGAAUCCUUUCUCGGUUCCUUUUUCUACUGAAUGCAAACAGUGCUCGGAUCUUCAGUUUGCUCUGCUUGAUGCAUAUAAAUUCUCUGGAUGUCCCGAUACUAGAAAAGCUUGAGGAGGCAAAGGAGCAACACUGGUCACUAGCUAAGGCCUGAAAAGGAUCAAAUAACAAGCACAGCCUCGGAUAAGAGCAGUUAUACAACUUGUUUGCCAACAGAAUAAUGAACACCUUGACAGAAGGACUGGUGGUAACUACGGAGGAACCCUGGAUGCCAAAGACAGAGAGUCUUACAGCAGACCCUUGCCGUGACAGCAUUAAACUCCAAGCAAACUUCACUCAAAUCUCAGAGCCGGUCCGUUACGCCAGUUUUGUGCUAUCCGUCCUCACCUGUGCCCUGGGCUUAGUCGGCAAUGCUCUUGUUAUCUGGGUAACCGGAUUCCACAUGAAGAAACACAGGUCCAAGAUUUGGUUUCUGAACUUGGCCGUGGCAGAUUUUGCCUUUGUCCUCUGCUUGCCUCUUUAUUGUGUUGCCUUAUUUACAGACAACUGGCCAAUCGGACGAUACUCAUGUAAAGUGUAUAAUUAUGUCUCUACGUGUAAUAUGUAUGCAAGUAUUUUUAUCAUAACUACCCUAACCAUCGACAGAGUUUUGGCAACGGCUAAACCAAUAUGGCACCAUAAGUUUGCCUCUCGCCGUAUUUAUUACUCAACCUGCGCAGUGAUUUGGGUAAUAACGGCUCUGUCCAGCCUUCCGGUAUUCCUUUUAAGUGAAGAAGUGAUUCAUGGUGAAAAAGUGCAGUGCAAAUUGGUAAAUGCUGAAAAGAGCUCAACUACACUCGGCAUUAGGAAAAGAGACGUGCCAAGGUUUUCAAGCUCUCUAGAAACUUUAUCUGUCCCCGAAACAUCAUGUGACGUGGAUAUUGCAGAAAAUUACUUUUUAACAAAAAGCAUUCUAAUUCCUUUCCUAGUGGUUGGUUACUUCAUCCCGUUGCUUGUCAUACUAUUCUCCAAUAUAAUUAUCACUAGGCAAGUGAGGGACUCCAAGUCAGUGAAGUCUCCCAGACUGUACAGAAUUAUAAUAAUGGUGAUUCUGUUUUUCUUUCUGACAUGGACACCGGUGGUUAUAGCACAGAUUAUUUUGCUGGUCUCUCUGAACAAUCGCAACUUAAUACUCAUGUCCCAGAUACACAGGAUUAUGCCUCUGAUGACCAGCAUAGCGUAUACUAACUCCUGUAUAAACCCUUUCAUAUACGCACUGGUUGGUACCCAGCUUAGAGAAGAAAUUUCAGGUUUCAUGAGUAGCACAAGAAAGUCACUUUCAAAAAGUUCAACCUCUGGCAGAUCUUAUGUAGAACAAUAAUAAAGAGUUAUACUAUAUUUAAUAGGGAUGCACCGAAUCCAGGAUUCAGUUCGGUAUUUGGCCAAGAUCCAGCCUUUUUUGUCAGGGUAUAAAGGCCAGACUUUAUGGAUACAUUAAAGAUUUUCGCCUGGCAUGGAACCCAUGGGCUGUGCAUUGCUUCAUAACUGGCAAAAGGCCAAAAAUGCUUCCGGACAGCAGGCACCAGGAUAUUUUUCUAUUUAUAUCAUCCCAAUUCAUUAAUGCCCCCAAGUAAAGUUAUUGGCUCCUGGUGAAAUGAGCAAAGCCAAUUCCACCUGCUGCUUAAUAUCCCCAGCACAGUGGGAAUGCUAGGCCACCACCAAUAUAUAAAACUACUUAUUAAACUCUUAGAGAAUAAGCCAUCACCACUCUGAAUACAACUGUAAUAACGAAAUAUUGUCCAUUUUCUCACGUGCCACUCUGUAAAAUAACUACCUGCUCAAUAACCAUCUUAACUUAUCCAUACCCAUUCUGCCCUACACCAAGUCAUAGGCCACUAUGCUCUAAAUGAAGCUCCAUGGCUUCCCUAGCAGAUUGCACAGAGCAUUGUGCAGUUCAUACAACAUCUGUCCUUUAUAUAAGCACCAAUGUCCUAUAGGUAGGGUGGAAGUGAAUGAAAGAACUUUAGGGGCCCUGUUACUAUUGCUUUGGUACAAAUAAACAGUUUUGUGCGCGUAAUACAUUUAAACAGAGUAUACAAUCAUUUAAUAAGCUAGGCUGGGGGCUGUUUGUUGCGGUUGUACUUUUGUCAUUACCUCUGAUAUCACAAGACAUGCAAGGAUUAUAUUUCUAUUUUAUUUGCUGCUUUAUUGCCUUUGGCAUUAGCAUUCAGGCUAACAAAGCGCUGCACAGAGACAUGAAACAAAUAAUUCCAUUUAAUCCCGGCUCCUUGUGUGUCGCACUGCUGUACAGAUUUUUUGUAACAGUCGUAUUUCUUUUACAUUGGGUCUUGCACUGACAACGCCUUUGAUUUUCUCUUAAUGUCAUAGCUAGGAAUGAAAUAUAUAUAUAUAUUAAAGCAUGAGUUCAACAUUAAGUGUGGUCUUAACACCAUGGCUCUUUAAUUAUUCUCUUGUGUAGUUGCAGGGAAUCUAUUAUAUGUGCUUAAUAGUGAUGAGCGAAAACACGGGACAGAUUCGCUCAUCACUAGUACUUACUUGUGCGAGG